AUGUGGCUGUUGAAGAAGGCUGGCUACACCGUGGGGAGUGUGGACUCCGCACCUCAGUGGGUGCCCUCCAACUUGUUCCCCAAGCGCCGCGCACCGGGCCCGCCCUCCUGUCCCAACAUCCUCACUCCCGACCGCAUCCCGCAGUUCUUCAUCCCGCCGCGGCUCCCAGACCCAGGCGGCGCCGAGCCUCCGCCGGGGCGCGACGCGGGCGGGCGAGGCCUCCCCACCGUCUGCUCGCUGCCGCACCUGGCGGGCCGCGAGGGCUGGGCCUUCCUCCCCGAGAGCCCGCACACGCGCCGGCGCGAGUCCCUGUUUCACUCGCCGCCGCGCGCGCCCGCCGAAAGACUCGCGCCCACCGAAGGGCUCCCGCCAGCGCAGUCCCGGCUGCACGUCUCCACUCCGGACCUGCGUCUCUGCCGGGCCCCCGACAGCGACACGGCCUCGUCGCCCGACUCGUCGCCCUUCGGCUCCCCGCGCCCAGACCCCGGCCAGCGCCGGCUGCAGUCCCUGUCCCCGGAGGAGGCGAGCUCGGCCGACACAAGCCCGUACGCGCCGCGCAGCGCGGGGCCGCCCGCGCCGCCGCUCUUCCACCUGGACUUCCUGUGCUGCCAGCUGCGGCCAACCAAGGAGAGCGUGCUGCGCCUCGGGCCGCGCGGAGGGCAACUGCGCCUCUCGGCCGAGUACCCCGCGGGGCCGCGGCGGCUGCGGCUGCGCCUGGUGAGCGCGGAAGGCCUGCCCGGGUCGCGGAAAUCCUCCGGGAGCGGUGGCGGCGGCUGCUGCGUGGUGCUGAGGCUGCGGCCGCGCGUGCGACCGCGGGGCCAGCGGAGCCGUGUGGUCAAGUGCAGUGCCAACCCCAUCUUCAACGAGGAUUUCUUCUUCGACGGGCUCGGCCCGCUUGACCUCCCCAACCUCAGCCUGAAAGCCAAGGUGCUGGACAGGGGUGCCGGGCUCCGCAGGGACGUGCUGCUUGGGGAAUGCGAGACGCCCCUGAUUACCCUGCUGCCCCCACUGGGUGGAGGACUAGCUCCCGGAACCUCUCUGGCGCCCACCCACCUCAGCCUCUAG